CUUCUAAUUAACUACACUUCACUCCCACUCUCACUCUUACCUGCUUCUUCUUCUUUGUCUUUCAAAUUUCAAUAUAUACUUCUCAUCAUAACCACCACAUGCACUUCUUCUAGGGUUCUUUUCUUCUUGUUCAAAACUUUUAAGGUCAUAUAUCUCUUUGAAAGCAGCUUCCACUUUUUUCUAGUUGUGUUGUUGGUUGAAAUUUCUUUUAGGGGGAAAGGAUCUCUCACUUUCUCUCUCUUUCUUUUUCCAUAUUAAUAAUUAAGAGGGUUAUAUUAGAACAAGAUAUAUAGCUAGGUUUAGAUAUGAUGGAAGAGAGAAAUAAUAAUGAUGCUGCUGAGAAACUGGAUGAAGUUAUGCUACCAGGGUUUAGGUUUCAUCCAACUGAUGAGGAGCUUGUAGGGUUUUACCUCAAGAGAAAGAUUCAACAACGCCCUUUGACUAUUGAGCUCAUCAAGCAGCUUGAUAUCUACAAAUUUGACCCUUGGGAUCUUCCAAAGUUGGCCACCACAGGAGAAAAAGAGUGGUAUUUCUACUGUCCCAGGGACAGAAAAUACAGAAACAGUGCAAGGCCUAAUAGGGUAACUGGAGCUGGGUUCUGGAAAGCUACAGGGACUGAUAGGCCUAUCUACUCCUCAGAAGGUUCAAAGUGCAUUGGCCUCAAGAAAUCCCUAGUCUUUUACAAAGGUAGAGCUGCCAAAGGAGUCAAAACUGAUUGGAUGAUGCAUGAGUUCAGGCUACCUUCUCUCACUGACUCACUAUCUCCAAAGUACAUAGACAAGAUCACCAUUCCUGCUAAUGAAUCUUGGGCUAUCUGCAGGAUAUUCAAGAAAACCAAUGCUACAGCUCAAAGAGCUUUGUCUCACUCUUGGGUCUCUUCCCUACCUGAAACAAGAACCUCUGAUCAUCAUAUCCUAACCAAAGAUCAAGACAACACUACCCAGUUUUGUUCAGACAACAUGUCAAUGACAAAGAAAACUACCUUAGCCAGCCAGUACUGUUCUAACAAUUACAAUGAUUCACAACCCUUAACCACUAAUAGCAGUACUCUUUGUCCCUUAGAUGUGGCCUCAUGCAAAUCCAUCAUUAACCCAUUGCUUUACAAAGCCUUUGAUCAUUUUCCCAUUUCAAAUGAAGACCUUAGCACUAGCUUGUUAUUCUCAUCACCCCCCUUUGAAACAUCAGAAACUAAUCCCAAAUCUACAAUAAUGGACGUUUCUUCCAUGCUGUUGAACAUGUCAUCCUCAGUGCUUGGAGAUUUUAACAAGACUACUUCAGAGGACACAAAUACAAAUGCAGCUUCAAACUUUGGUGUGUUGCAAGAGCACUGUAGUGGCUACCCAAUACCAUUUCUACGUGAGAAUAUGCAAACCACAUUUGGUAACCAGCAACAACAAUAUUGUGAUAAUAUUUAUGCAUUGGUAAAGGGUCCUAAUGUGAAUGUGCCUCGUGUUGAUGACCCAGAGUUGGAGUUGGAGACAGUAGUACAACGAUCCAUUGGGUUUCCAUUAAGUGUUACUAUGCCUUUGAAUAUUGGAGAUGCCUGGAAGUCAAAUAAUCUGCUUUGGGAUACUUCCUCUUUUCCUUGUGAUGUGCCAUCUAGUUAUUAUUCCACAACUAAGUGCUAUACUUAGUUGUCCAUUUUUUUUUAUUUUAAUUAGACAAAUUAGAAGCCGUUGUUUUUGUAGCUUCUAGUAGCUAGUAACAACUACUAAGUCUGACUUUUUAGCUUAGAUUUCUGUUCAAUUUACAUUAGCAAAGUAGGACUUAUUAUUAUUAUUAAUUUGAAACUUUUUUUGUAACUUAAGGUUAUGUUUUAACUCAAAUGUCUAUGGAAU